AUGAAUUGCAUAAUAGAACCUUAAAAUGGAAUUGGUGGAUUGUAUUUAGGAAAUUUGGAAGCAGCAUAGAAUUUAGAUUUGUUAAAAAAACACAACAUAGGAGCAGUGUUAACAGUAGCAGCACGUUCAGGAGUAAGAUAUACUAAAACAUAAAUGCCAUAACAUGAGAUAAUAUGGGCUGAAGAUAUAGAAAGUUAUAAUUUAAGUAGACAUUUCGAUAAGAUGCUAGAAUUUAUGCAUAAUAACAUGAAAACAACUAACAUUUUGGUACACUGUUUUGCUGGAAUUUCAAGAAGUUCCACAACA